AUGUCUCAUCCCGAGCUCUCGGGCAAAGAUAUGAAAGAAUUCAUGGAGAAGUCGUUAACACAAAUGUGCCAACAGCUUACCAAUGUUGUCGACGAUCGGUUUGCUCACUUGAAGAGAGAAUUGUCUGCUGAUAAUUCAGCGACGCUAGACGCCUUUGCGAACAAGAAGGCUCGCUUAGAGAAACCUCGAUUUAAGUUAAAGGGCAAUGAGCAGCAAUAUAAUCACCAGCUUGGUGUGCUGGACACAGUGGAAAGUGCUACCACAGCUCUCGAGCAUCAAGACAUCCAUAAAGCUAUCAGUUUCCUACAAGAAGGUAAAGUAGCCAUACUGUAGUAGCAAGAAUGAAGCUUAUCAAAUUAGCUGAUACGAGCGACCAUGGUUGGCAAACCGUAGCUGAAUAUAUGACUAACGAGCUAGCCGAUAACUCAGAUGACGAGAAACGGAUCGACCGCGCAGAGAAAACUGCUGAAAAGAAGCCGAAGAAGGCCAAGGCAUCCAAAACAUCAAAGUCUCGGCCGUUUCCUGGCUAUCCAAACCGCAUCCCAUAUCGUAAUUCUAUGCCCUCACGUCGACCAGUGUUCCCUGACCACAAUGGUCCACGCGGGAAUGCAAUUGGGCCUUGUUAUAAGUUAAGUGGUACAUCCAUGUAUAUAGCAUUGUGUUUUGCUUUAGAGUCACAACACUAUAGGUCGACAGCCGUCAUACGACUGCUUUGUUCUUACCUCGAGCGUUUAAGCAGCAAUAAACACAAAGUGCUUCAAGCAACAUGUUGCUGUACGUGUGUGUGUUUAUUCGAUAUAAUUAUAUUAGAUGUUUUAACUAUCUGCGUUACGCAAUUAAGCAGAUAAUUUAUAUAUAUCUAAUGGUUUGAUAUUCAGAAUAAUGUUCUGCUAUGAAUACAUAACUAUGUUACAUUGUUAUGCAAUAGUAUAAAAGGCGUAUACAAGACUUGAUUAUUCCUCACUGCUUACACGUUCUUCAGUCAAACUGAAUUUCUAUUUAUUAUAUUAAUGUUGAUGGUCAUAUAUGUUAUUCUAUUAUUUACAGUGUUUACAGUAGAAGUUGCAUGAUCUGCAGUGUGAGGAGGAAGAUCAGGUUGGAUUAUUCCUUUUUAGUUCUAAUAGUGACGAUGUGCAUGGAGUUUUUGUAGUGAUAGUGUGCGUGGGGGGCUUUACAGGUGUUCAAAUUACUGGCGUGAUACACUUAACGCCUCCCAGUUUGUGCAAAGUAUAGUGCAGGACGGUUAUAAGAUUCCAUUUCGGUCCAUUACAGAGACCAGUUUUUUAGCUAACAAUAAAUCUGCCAGGGAUCAUCCUGACUUUGUCUCAGAAGCAAUUGUUAAAUUACUGAAAGGUCGAUACAUUGAGGAGCAAUCAGAACCACCCUAUUGCGUUAAUCCUUUGUCUGUUGCUAAAGGAAAGAAAUUACGUUUAGUUCUUGAUCUCCGCAACAUUAACGGGCAUUUGCUCAAGCAAUCAUUUCCAUAUGAGGAUCUUCGAUCAUUAUCUCAAUUAUUUGAACAGAACUUUUGGUUUUUCACAUGGGAUCUUAAAUCCGGUUAUCAUCAUGUUGAUAUUUAUGUCGCACCCAGAAAAUUUCUAGGAUUUUCGUGGAAUUUUAACGGGAAGUUGAGAUAUUUUAUUUUCUGUGUUUUACCUUUUGGCCUAAGUUCAGCUUGUUAUUGUUUUACCAAAUUACUUAGGCCGUUAGUGAAACGAUGGCGUAUGAUGUCCUACGCCUCUUUUGUCUAUUUAGACGACGGUAUUUCCGGUCAUAAACGUCGUAUUGAUGCUUCUGCGGCCAGUAUUAUUCAAAAGAAAGAUUUAUCGUGUUCCGGUCUUAAAACGAAUGAGGAAAAAUGUCAUUGGGAGCCCAUAUAA